UACCCUUCUUUGCUAGUAGCUCAUGCUUUUGAAUAGCUUUGCAAAACCAGAGGACCAGGAGAGACUGCUCACCUUAUGCAAAAAACUUGCAAUUCAUAUACUACAUGAAAGCUAAUAAAGGCAAGGCAGAAAGAACUACAGCAAGGAGGUACUACUGCUGAAACUCAUAGAUAGAUACAAAUAGACCUACAGGGGAAGAUACAAUGUUAACGAAAGAGUAUCGGAUAUGUAUGCCACUAACCGUGGAAGAGUAUAGGAUUGGGCAGCUUUACAUGAUUAGCAAACACAGCCAUGAGCAGAGCUCGAAUGGAGAAGGCGUAGAAGUGGUGAAGAAUGAACCAUACACAGAUGAGCAGCAUGGAACAGGCCAGUACACAGAAAAAAGGAUCUACCUAAAUGGUAAGUUGCCAGACUGGAUAAAAUGGUUCAUCCCAAGAAUCUUCUACUUGACGGAAAGAGCAUGGAACAGCUACCCAUUCACACUUACAGAAUAUACGUGCUCCUUCUUGCCAAAGUUUCACAUCAGGAUUGAAACAAAAUUUGAAAACAAUAAUGGAAACAACCAACAUGUAUUUGGGAAAAAAACAACACCCAAAGAUGAUGUUUGCAAUGUGGAUAUUGUGACCGAUCUAAUUCCAGAAAAAUGCUACAAAGAAUCAGAGGAUCUCACAAAGUUCAAGUCAUUGAAAACUGGGAGAGGUCCCUUCAGUGCUGGUUGGCAAAAGAUAUCUGACCCUAUUAUGUGUUCCUACAAACUUGUGUCUGUGAAGUUUGAGAUGUAUGGCUUUCAGACCAAAGUGGAAGGAUUUGUUCAAAAGAGUAUUAAAGACAUACUACUGGUUGGACACAGACAAGCAGUGGCCUGGAUAGACGAGUGGAUUGACAUGUCUAUGGAAGAUGUUAGAAAUUUUGAAAAGGAACUUCAGGAAGAAACUAAUAAAAAAGUAAUUUCAUCAACUGAGACAGAUUCAGGCUCUCUAAUCAAAGAAGAUGACAGCAACCGAGUUGGAAUCACUCGAUCUGCAUCCAUGAUUAAUAAAACAAUGACUCAAGUGGACACUGUUGAUGGUCAGAGACCACUAAUGACACGGAUGACUUCAUCACCACAUUGAACCUGCAUGAGAAGUCAAAAAUGACAGAUUAGAAAGCUGCAGAACCAAAAAGAAAUAGUCAUUCUGGGAGAUACUUCUCAUAGUCCUGAAAAAUAAUCUGGCACCAAGUCAUUCACGAUGUUAAUCCUUAAUAUAAAGGGACAAAAGCUAAACAUGUUUGAUGAGUUAUGUCAUAGCUGACUGUUUUUAAUCUCAUCAGAACUUUAACUUCUUGCUUGUUCAUAGCAAUUGAAAAUGCUGCUCAGACAUUCUCGGUUUUAUUUUAAGCAUAAUUUUCUAUUUACAUUUGAACUAUUAUUUGGUAGAACAAACUGUGGAAGGCAAUUUAAAAUUAUUUAACUAUGGUGAAAGAGCAAAUGUAAUAUUCAUAUCUGUAUAUAAUUCUGUCUCCUGUUUUAAAACAUUGCUAACAAGAUGUAAUCAAUUUGUGAUUUUUUUAUAAGCAACAGCAAAUGUGAGAGUGUGAAGGGUUAUGUCUACUGUCUGUGCCUACCUGUCUGGAAAGUUGCAUGGCUGAAAACUACGCAGCCCCCCCCCCCCCCCAUUGGUGCUGUAUCUAGGGGUGUGACAGAACAUCAGUAAAGAGCCUGUGACACAGGGAUGUUUAUAGGGAUGCACUAGCAUUUCUGAAAUGACUUACUGCACUUUUUCUAGUGAAGCAGCUUAGACACUUGCCAGCGAAACACAUAUCGUUAAAGUCGAGUGUCCAUUUUUGUGUGAGCAUAACACAUCUAUAAAUGCCGUGACAGGUGGUCAGCUGAAUGCAUGCCUUUUUUAAUGGUGAGAAAGCACAGCAGAAUGAAAAUAUAAGCAAGAAAUAAUGCACAGAAAUAUCCAAGAAUUCAGCUUGCCAUUACAAAAUAAACUAACAAUAAGUAACUAAAGAAAUAUACAUUUGCUUAGGAACAAAGAGAAGGCUAUAAGCUCUAGCCUCACACCCGAUACUUGGUUUCAUAUUCCACUGCUGACACUGCAAUAUAUUGUGGUAGGGAUAUGAAUAAAACAUUACAGUAUGGCUGGUGCUAGACCAUAAAUAACUCAACUGUAUCACCUGGGGAGAAAUCAAAAAUUCUGUAUUGAUAUUAUUACUUAUUGCCUUAAGUCUCUCUCCAUAUUACAUCCUUUAGGGAAUUAAAUAACAUUUUACAUAUCAAAUACAUAUUAAAUACAAUGGAUUCAGGCUGAGCCCUGUGGUAUAGUAGAAAAUGAGCCACUUGCUAGUUUAUGCCAGCUACAUUUUGACACAGAUUCUGCCCAACAUUUUACAGGGUUAUAAAUUCGUUAUGGUAUAGCACACAUCUAUGUAAAGGUAUUUUACCAGAAACUUCAGUGGGUCUCACCAUGAAAAAGGAGAGACUGAUAGGAUGUCUCCUGAUUAAAUCCGUAUUGUGGCAACAUGUUCUAAGCCGGUAGACUAUUGUUACAGAUUUUUGGGCCACAUUCAAGAGAUACAUGAGCCUUUGUCCAGAGACUUCAUACUUUCAGUGUAACAAUUAACUGCAGCUUUGUUAACUGCAUUGCCUAUACUACAACUAUAAUAAUACCAUGGGGCAAACAGAAGAUCCCUAACUAAUGGAAAUGUGACACUUCGUAGGUGUGAAAUGUAGAGUAUCUGAACAAUAAGUACUGCAAAGUAACUGGGGUUGGGAACAUUUACAAAGCUAAAUUAAUGGAUGAUACAGAUUAGUAAUAAAGAAGAAACAGUGUAAAUGUCCAUAUAUUUGACCAGACUUGUUAAGGAAUCUAAGAUUUAGCACAGGUGGGACUCAAGGGAUGAUUGCUGCAUAGUUAAUAUAUUUCUCUUUCCUAUGGUUGAUUCCUAGCACAUCCCUCACUAUUAGUAGCAAAACUUCCCUCUCCCUGCCACUGUACCCUUUUCCAUAAGAAGAUACCUCAGUUUCCUUACUGAACUCCACAAUGUGCAAGAUCCAAGGUCUGAUUUUCCAUACAUAAUUCUAAGAUAGGUAGGUCCCACGCCUAACCUUCCUUAGGUCUUCAUUAGGCUGAAUUUAUGAUACUAAGGAAAGUAGAUUCUGAGACAGUAUUAUAACAACAUUCCCUAUUUUGAACCAGGUGGCAUGUCUCUCUGAAGUGAUCAGUCUGGUAUGGAAUGGACCACAAUGUUUCACAGAACCAGCGCAUUGUUGAUCUAACGUGCUACAUGAACUGUAUAUGUUUAAUUCCCCUAUGGUGAUCUUUCUACAAGGCUAAAGUUCAGGUCUUCCUGUAUGGAAAUAGAGAUACACAAGUAAGUGUUCUCUGUAAGAAUGUUACCUCAGUUAACUCAGAUAUUAGAAUGCCAGCAUUGUACAGUGUAUGUAUUUGUCUGCCUGAGUGUAUACCUCUGGAUAUUAUUUUAAAAUAUAAUAUACAAUAUUCAAUAAAAAAUGUACUGUG